AUGUGGGUAGCCGAAGCAAGGGGGCUCCAUGAGCCUCUCCCACGAGUUUCUUUGGUAGCGUUAUACCUCUCCCUCGGCGCAUCUUUCGUCCUGGCCUGGUUGUCCAAUGCGCUCGGAAACUCGUUUGGUAGAUUCGGUAGAGGCUCAGAACCAGUUAUCACCGAAAGACAUGGCCAUUCUGAUGAAAUUCCCCGAGCGCCGUUGAGUUUCCUCCAUCGUCGUUGUCAUAAUGGUUCCCCACGAAGCACGGAUACGUUGUAUGCUUGUCAAACCAAGGGUAAAACAAGCGGUCAAGACUCAAGCAGCCAAGCAGUUUGGCGCGACUGGCACGGCCAACAGGACCAAGUCUGGACUCUGGACUUCGAACCUGAGGUGAUGGGUGGUUGGUUCCGGGUGGGUUUUCUCUCGGCGUGGAGCUCUCGGAGUCGGGUCGCAAAGGUCUGCGAUCGGUCAAAGCAGAACAAGAUGCUCAAUAUCAGAUCGAAGAGACAUGCUGAUUCGAUGCAGCCCGUUUCUUCUCGGAUAUAA